AAAAAUCCCGGACAAACUUAAAUUAACUCGUCCACUCGAGCACUCGCCUUUUUACUACAUAAAAUGUUCGGAAGUUUCUUCCUCUGCUCUCCGUUUUCCUCAAACCCCACUCGCAUUGGUCUUGCACAAACUCUUCAAUUCCUUUUCUUCUUCGCUUCCAGCACGAGCAUUGCUACCUGACUUAUUAUCAGCUUGGAGAACAUUGAGCUACCAAUCGAACAGUGUCUAAACCAUUUUAAUUUGUGGGUCAAAUAACAACCCGCCUCGGUUGCAAUUCCUGAUUGGCCAUGGCUGAUUUUCAGACCUCUACACACCGAGCCAAGUGGAUUUUCUCUCCUCAACAGCUGGUUGAGAAAUAUAGAGCUGCCAAUCAGAGAGCCAAACAAAUUCUAGAGAAGUGUGGAGCAACACUAAUGGAAGUAGAUGUUAAUGGGUCGUUGUCAUAUCCUGAACCCCAUAUGACUGCAAAGGAUAGUGCUGAAAAACAUUAUCGAACAAAACCUCUUAGUAUUGAAGAAGAACAAUGUAUAAAGGUAUUUUAUGAAAACAAGCUACAAGAAGUAUAUAACAAUUUCCGCUUCCCUCAUAAGAUCCAGGCAACAGCCCUUAUCUAUUUUAAAAGAUUCUAUCUGCAAUGGUCAGUGAUGGAACAUCAACCAAAACAUAUUAUGUUGACCUGCGUAUAUGCUGCUUGUAAAAUAGAAGAAAAUCAUGUGUCAGCGGAGGAGCUUGGUAAGGGGAUAUCGCAGGAUCAUCAAAUGAUUCUCAAUAAUGAGAUGAUAGUUUAUCAGAGUUUGGAAUUUGAUCUUAUUGUGUAUGCACCAUAUCGCUCAGUUGAAGGUUUUAUAAAUGAUGUGGAGGAAUUCUGUAAUGCUGGUGAUGACCAGCUUGAAAUGCUCAAGACUUUGCAAGAGACAGCAAGAUUUGAAGUUGAUAAAAUGAUGCUUACAGAUGCACCACUUUUAUUUCCUCCUGGGCAGUUGGCCUUGGCUGCUCUAAGCAACUCAAAUGCACUCCACAGAGUCAUUGACUUUGAUAGUUAUCUUAGGGGCAUUUUUUCCCAUGAGAAUUCCAUGCAUACAAUGUCCGAGCUUUCUGAAUCACUGAAUGCAAUUGAUUCUUGGGUUAGAAAAUAUAAAAGUCCUUCUGAGAAGGAAUUGAAGCAUAUCAACCGAAAACUGAAGUCUUGUUGGGGUCAUAGUUCUCAUGACGAGGGCAAGAAGCGGGAGAAGAAAUCAAAGCACAAAUCCAAAAAGAGCUCAAAUGAAGCUCAAAAUAUGUCAUCUCUUGCCUAGCUCAUUUCAUAAAACAAGCUGACUUGCUCAUGAAUUCCUACAUUUUUGAGUUGGCUUCAAGUUGUACUUGCUUUGCAAUAUGUCACUUGAUUCAAAAAAACAAAAUUUUUUUCAUUCUAAAUAUUUGAUAACAACGCAUUGGAUGAUGAUUUAGAAUUUCAAUUAUCCAACGAUGACCUAUCAUGCUUGAAUCUUUACAUGUAUUUUUCACGACAUAGUUUAUGAAGUAAUCCGUAACA